AUAUUUUAUGCUUAUUAGAGUUUAAGACUCUUGAAAUGACAAACACUCAACCGAACCCUAACUAGAUCCUUUUUCUCCUAAUCAGUUAGUCAUCUCCGGCCACCGUCCCCGUCUUCUCACAGCCAGCCACCGUCCUCAUCUUCUUCGGUUCUUCCUCUCUUCCAGCAAGUCGUCCGUUCCCAUCGUCUUCCAGCAAGCAGCAACUCAUUCUUCCACUCCCUGAAGUCGCUUUCAACUCUCCAAUCCGCCAAGCUUUCCCGUCAUCGUCGCAUUCCCAUCGUCUUCCUCUUCUCGUCGCCGUCAGCUUCACAUCUUCCUCUCCUUCACGUUGUCCUCGCCUCCAGCCGUCGCCUUCCAAUUUAGAGAGAGAUAGAGAUGGAGACAGAGACAGGAGAGAAGAGGGACACCACAACAAUCAACAACGUCAUGUGCCUCUUGACGCACCCAGAUGGAGCUCCUCUUGGUGCUCCCAUGUACCUUCCUCAGAAUGCUGGUCCACAACAACUUCAACUCAUUGUCAAUAAGAUUCUGGACAACGAGGAGAAAUUACCAUAUGCUUUCUAUAUUUCUGAUGAAGAGCUCCUUGUGCCACUUGAAACCUACUUGCACAAAAACAAAGUCUCGGUGGAGAAGGCAUUGCCUAUAGUUUGUCAGCCUCAAGCUAUUUUCAGGAUUCGCCCUGUUAAUCGUUGUUCCGCUACUAUUUCUGGUAUAAAUCAUAGAAUUUUGUGUCAUUUACAGCCUAUAAUGUUCUAGGUGAAAUGUUUAUUC